AUUGGCCUCGUUAUCUUUUCUCAUGUAGCGGCGCUCGGCAACUGUCAACACGGACUUCAUAAUAACCCAAAACCAGGCGAACAUUUCUCGCACAUUGAAGAAAAAUGGUCGAAAGGGGAACAUUUUGCAUAAUUUCCUGGAAUAGACGCUUGUAUUGUUAGACUUUCUGUUUCAGACAUCAGCUUGUGUGGCUCUGGAAGGAGGGAUGCCGGUAGAAAGUGGGAGCAGCGCUGCCGCCCGCCAGGCCAAGCAGAAGAGGAAAUCUCACAGCUUGUCCAUCCGCAGGACCAACAGCACCGAGCAGGAGCGCUCUGGCCUGCAGAGAGAGAUGCUGGAAGGACAGUCCUCUGAUAAUCUGGAGUCCUACUUGAGAAUGGAGGACUCUAAGCUGCCUUUGUCCCUGAGGAGCAAUCUGCUGGACCUGUUUGGUCAGAUCGAGAGGGAGUUUGAGAACCUCUACAUAGAAAACAUGGAAUUACGCAGAGAAAUUGAGACGCUGAAUGAUCGCCUGGCAGCGGAAGGACAGACUAUCGACGGGGGCGAUUUGGCCAAGGGAGCACUUAAAACGAAAGCGAGUCAUAGCACAAGUCAGCUGUCACAAAAAUUAAAGACAACCUACAAAGCAUCCACAAGCAAGCCGCGUUCAAAUUCUUGCCAUGCCAGAGUAGGUGGAUCCCGCAACUUCAGCGUAACCAGUUGGGAGUUGUGGGGUGGAGACUCAUGGAUUGUCUCCAGUUUCAAGGCGACCACGUCCCGGGCGGUGUGCCAGCUGGUUAGGGAGUACGUCGGCCACCGGGACGGCAUCUGGGACCUGAGCGUCACCAGGAGCCAGCCUGUGGUGCUGGGGACCGCAUCCGCAGAUCACACUGCCAUGCUGUGGAGCAUCGAGACGGGGAAGUGCCUCCUCAAGUACAUGGGCCAUCAGGGAUCAGUCAACUCCAUCAAGUUCCACCCGACCGAGCAGAUGGCUCUAACAGCCUCUGGAGACCAGACCGCUCAUAUCUGGAGAUACAUGGUGCAGCUGCCAACACCACAGCCUGUAGCUGACAUCAGCCAGGCGCCGUGCGAAGACGACGUGGACUUCUCAGACAAGGACGAGGCCGACUGCGACGCCGAAGGCCCCAACGACUGCCCGUCUGUUCGCACGGCCGCCACCACGCUGCGCAGCCACCAGGGCGUGGUCAUCGCCGCCGACUGGCUGGUGGGAGGCAAGCAGGUGGUGACGGCGUCCUGGGACCGAGCCGCCAACCUGUACGACGUGGAAACCUCCGAGCUCGUCCACUCCCUCACUGGCCACGACCAGGAGCUGACGCAUUGCUGCACCCACCCCACCCAGCGGCUGGUGGUCACCUCGUCCAGAGACACCACCUUCAGACUGUGGGACUUCAGAGACCCGUCCAUCCACUCUGUCAACGUCUUCCAGGGACACACCGACACGGUGACGUCUGCUGUGUUCACGGUGGGAGACAACGUGGUGUCGGGGAGCGACGACCGAACCGUCAAAGUGUGGGACCUGAAGAACAUGCGGUCGCCCAUAGCAACCAUCCGCACGGACUCCGCCGUCAACAGGAUCAGCGUGUCGGUCAACCAAAGAAUCAUCGCUCUUCCUCACGACAAUCGUCAGGUCCGGCUGUUCGACAUGUCCGGCGUGCGUCUCGCUCGACUCCCACGAAGCAACAGACAGGGUCACCGCCGCAUGGUGUGCUGCUCGGCCUGGUGCGAGGACAACAACUCCUGCAACCUGUUCAGCUGCGGCUUCGACCGGCAGGCCAUCGGCUGGAACAUCAACAUCGCCGCCCUGCUGCAGGAGAAGUGACCUUCGACCCGGCGCGACCGGACACCGGGCGACACCGCAGCUCGCGCCUGAUCACCCGGCCGGAGGGAGCAGACAGGAAAAGCACUCGCCUCAACCGUUUUCUUUCAUUUGACGCAUGAAACCUAGCCCCUCUCGUGUGUGUGUAUGUGUGUGUGUGUGUGUUAAGACGACCUUCGAGUGCGUGCAUGUAUUGCAACCCCCCGCCCAAAAAUUACAGCCGUGUCACCACAAUGCGAGGGACGCCUUUUGCUUUCGUAUUAGUCGUGUUUUAUUUUAUUUUUCCCCCCACUUAGUUUUUAUGAAUCUGCUGCUGAUGAAAAGAGCACACGGACGGUACAGAGUGUUAAGAAACAACUUUUCUUGUUUUCCUCCCCCCAAAAAAAGGGUUGAGUGCAUUUUGCUGGCACUGAGGAACUUGCGAAGUGAAGUGCUGCACAGAUCUGCUUUACGUUGAUUUUUAACCAAAAACAGAGCGAGCCUAAUCUCCCUAACAUCUGCCACUGAUAGCAGAGACAUGGUUUUAUGUAGAGCACAGGCCUGUAAUUUAAAGGAAAAACCCUCCCUCAGAUACUUACACUGUUUUAUAUCAUCAAUCCGUGAUGUUCAGUGCAUUUUAAUUUUAGGUGUCAGUGUCUCUAGGAUUGAUUUCUCCCUGUAUGAUUGCUAAAAGUUGGUGCAAAAUGACGGCUUUAGAUAGAAAACCUUCAAAUGCACCAAAAACAACAAAUGGGUUCACAAAUGCAAAGCGAAUCACCAAUAGCAACAGUGUUUUUAAACACGGUUGAAAUGUGUUUUUUUUGGGGGGGGUGGGUUUUUCCUUUACAAGUUUCAUUCCAAAAUGCAAAGUUUUUAGAAAAAAAAAUCCCACUUGAAAUUCAUAGUUUAAUGUCUCUGAUGCAUUUAAUCCUGUCUUGUUUUAUUGUCCUCAGAGCUCAUAAACUGCAGUAAUUUGCAGAGCCAACCAUUGUGUUUUUUUGUUUGUUUUUAAGUGAAAGUGUCAUGUUUUUAAAUGGCUUUUGGAAUGAAACUUGGCUCAGUGCUGCUCAUUGUUCAGCGUCUCUGUGAUCCAAUACCGCACCUUUUUUUUAAAAAAACAAACAAAAAAAACAAACAAAAAAAUGCCACUAGCUGUUAGACUUUGUUCUUGUUGCUGUUGUAGAAGAAAAAAUUGCCUUUGCAGCUCUUGUACAUAGUGAACACACUCCUCACAGACAGGCUGGCUGAACUCCCACCAGCCAAAAGCCAACAAACCAAACGCCGGUGAGUUUUGGCUGCGGCUGAAAUUUUUUUCCCCUGCACAGCCAGACAGUUUGGAAGGAAACCUGUGAGGAUUUCAUGGUCCUGUUCUGUUGCAAAAAAUCUACUUAGCUGGUAAAAAAAACAAAAAAAACAAACUGUAUUUAGAAGCACGCCAGCUGCUGUUUGGUAGACAUAAAAGUGAAUUUUCUGCUCUGUUGACAGACAACAUGUAGAUGACAGAGUCUGAAAUGCACAGGCGAGUGCACAGGACUCCAUCUAAAGGACUCACGUGUGUGUGAUUGUGACCUCAGUGUUUCAGUAACGUCUGUGUGUGAGUGGGAAUGAAAACCUGGGACUCUGAGCGAGACGUGUUGAACUGGCUGUUUCAAAGGGCUGGGUACCAAAAAAAAAAAGCAAAUAAUAUCUUGAUAUUAUUGAUUUUGAAGCGACUGCUCUGACUUAGUGAGAGUUUAGCCCACUGGUCACUUUACCCAAAAUGUGACAAGAGGGUUUACACAAAAUUCACAUAAUUCAUAUUGCCAAAUUUGAAUUAGUAGUAGUAGUAUUAUUUUUUUUUAAUCCAAAGUGACAAAUGCAUGUCUGUUUCUAUGUGCACAGCCUCUAUCAAAAACAUACAGUCUGGUAUUGCAGGUGAUUAGCUGUUAUUAUUAAAGUGUAAAAAUACAUGGACAGUGCAGUUUGUCUCCAGGUACAUAACCCUAACAUGAGGCAGAGCUGUCCUCCAGAAACACGGAGAUGAUUUCGGUGCCAUGAGUUUUCUCAUUUUGGGUGAAGUGACGUGGGUCUAACCCGUCUAAGUUGCUGUAGUCCUUCUUAAAGUCUGAGAAAGUGUUGAAAUGCAAGUUCUGUUGUCAUUUCAGGGCGUUUGUAGGGAAUGCUGAGGGGAAAGGAGCCCAGUCUGGAUCUAGAAAAGCACACGGCUUGUAAAAACGCACAGAAAACUCUUUACUUUAGAGUAAGAUCUGUUUUCAUUCAGCUAGAAAAGGGAUCUGUGAAGAGGCACGCAGGAGCCAGUGUCGAAUGUGAAACAUGGGACGCUGGAGUCAGAGUGCUUCCCGCGUCGCCCAGCCCCUGCUGUCGUAACAAAACACAACGUGGUAGUAAAAUGUGUUUUCCAGUCUUUUCGCAGUGCCCUUUAGUCUCUCGUGUUGAAACACUGUUAACAGGGAUGAUGUCAGUGUCUCGUUUGUUAUGGUACUUUAACGAGUUCAAUCUCUUAGGAGUGUCGUGAUGCAAUAGCUGUAACCCGCUCGCUUGCCCACUGCCACUGAACGCCAUCAGCCAAAACUACAUACACACUGCAUUGAGCUGAAUGGGAGAGGAUCCUGUACUGUGUUUGCUGUCAUGGCAACACAGCCUGUCACUCAAAUCGAUGUCGAUGAAUAAAAUGUGCCGAUUCAGUGUAACCGUAACGUAACAGACAACAAGCACAGUUUAUUACAAAGUGACCACUUCUCUCACCGUCAGACGUUACAUUUGUGGUAUUUUGCAGCAUUAAGUGUUGAGGAACAUUUCUCCCUGCUGUGUGUGUGUGUGUGUGUGUGUGUGUGAGAAAACAGAAAAGUGCACAUUUGUUUGUGGAUGCCCACAGUUUCUGUAUAUAGAUAUGUAUAUGUAUAUAUAUUUGGGUAACACUUUAUAAUUGUCUUAUUCCUGUAUAUUAACAUGUGUAUUAACCUAUAGAAAGGUAUUGGCAACACAGCAGGAGUGUGUGUGUGUGUGUGUGUGUACUUUAAUGAAUGCAAUUGUGAGUUUAGGCAGUAGGAGUUACCUUUUUUUUUAACGUUGAAUGAAAGCUGCUGUGUAUUUUCCUCCAGAUGGAUACACAUGUUAACACGGUGGAAUAAGGCAGUGUGAAGUCUUACUGUUUUUCUUUCUUUAAAACCAUAACAUUUGUAUCAUACAAAUUGUAAUAUAUGAAGAAAAUAGCCCAUAGUGUAUUUCAGCUGCAGCGUUUUAUUAUUAGCCUUUAUAACACGAUGAGGUGGUUCUGCAUUUCUUUUGUCUCUUUUCUUUUCUUUUUUUUUUUUUAAAUCGAUUUUGUGCAAGUCUGUUUUAUUGCUUUAAAGUAGGUGUGAUCGCUUCUGAAACGGACGGCAUCGUGUGUGUGUGUGUGUGUUGUUUUUUUCUCCUUCACACCAGGGAUGGCUGACUUGUUUUUGUUCUUCUUCGUCUUUGUUUCUCAGCUGAACACUCCAAACUGCUCUAAAAAACAUUUUUUUGGGGGAAAAAUUACAUCAAGCUCAUGAUGAAAUACGUCCAAAUGAAUUGUACAGGAUACACUGUAAAAAAUGUCAGCAGACAAGCGACACUUCGUUUUAAAGGUGCAGCAUGCAAAGAGUGAGGACCAUGUGGACUCAACUGAGGGAAAACUAAUCGAAUAAUCUUGAAUGGGAUGAUUGAGUCUGCGUGGUUCUCAUUAUCAGCAUGAAGAAUAGGCGCCGCUUUUAUGUUUUUAAUCAAAUGGUGUACAUCUUAUUUUGAAAGUUAACCCCUCCCCUUCCUGCAGCAGCACCGUGAAGCUUUGUAUUGAAGCAACAUGGAGGCAGAUAGCCAGUACAGAAAUAAUAUGUUUAGAGCCUUGUAUGCUAAAUAUUUUUUUAAGAUGGACAAUAAGAAAUGUGCAGAAUUUUUGUACAGCAAAAACCUUACACUAUUUUUUUUUUUUAACCAAGUCAGUUUACUCUGAUAUCAACAGUGGACCUUUUUCUUUGCAUCCAUUCCUGUUAAAUCUGUGUGAGAUGCACAAAGCAGUCCGCAUCCCUGGUGUAAGUGACUUUGACAGGAGGAAAGAUCAAAAGCUGUGUGUGUGUGUGUGUGUGUGUGUGAACGCUGUCCUUACGUUUGCUGAUUCUGUUACAGUUUCAAACGCGUGUCACUGCACUGAGUGUGUUUUCUGCGGCCUCUGAGCCUCGUGUUGCCACCCUCAGACUUCACCUGAAUGUUCAGUCUCAUCGCUUAACACUCGUUCACGUUAAAUCUCACGAGAUCAUCGGGCGUCUCGCUCCGAAAACCUGCCGUCUUGAAGCCUUGUCAAACUGUGGCUACUUGGUGUUAGAGGUGUUUUUGUGUGGUCGAAGUGGUUUGUGUAUAGAAACGAAGAACACCACAGCGCAGUUAUAAAAAAAAUAAAUAAAAUGUAUGGACUCGACAGCGGUUUUGUGAGAUGGAGGAACAAGCGUCUGCUUGUGAAAUCAAAAUAAACCGUUUGUGCUGUUUCA